CCCAGAUUUUGCCUCUGUCCACUCAUCCAAUACCAACAAGCAACUGCCAGCACAGCAGCCACCACCCCAAGACAACAGCCAGCCAGCGCUAUUCGCUCAAAGUCUGCUUGUUGUCGCCAACACAGCAUUCGAUUGGACGCUGCACCACUCUAUCUUUGGACGAGGCACUGCACAGCCAGUUCUUGAGUGGCUUGUAGUUGUUUAAGCUUCCUUUUCCUUUCCAUCCCGUUCAUUCAUCACUCCACCUCAUCCACUGAAACACCAACACAACCAUGCCGCUUCGAUUGGACAUCAAGCAGCAGCUCAACGCUCGCAGCGACCGAGUGAAAUGCGUGGACAUGCACCCCAGCGAGCCCUGGAUGCUUGCCGCCCUUUACAGCGGUGUGGUGAACAUCUGGAACUACGAGUCCAACACCAUGAUCAAGACGUUUGAAGUGUCUGAUGUGCCGGUGCGCGCCGCGCGGUUCAUUGAGCGCAAGAACUGGAUUGUCACGGGCUCGGACGACAUGAAGAUCCGCGUGUUCAACUACAACACGCUGGACAAGGUGCACACGUUUGAGGCGCACACGGACUACAUCCGCUGCCUCGCAGUGCACCCGAGCCAGCCGUACGUGCUGAGCUGCAGCGAUGACAUGACCAUCCGCAUGUGGGACUGGGAGCAAGACUGGAUGUGCCGCCAGGUGUUUGAGGGCCACAGCCACUACGUCAUGGACGUCGUCUUCAACCCAAAGGACGUCAACACCUUUGCCUCAUGCUCCUUGGACCGCACCAUCAAGGUGUGGCAGCUCGGCGCAUCCAGCCCCAACUUUACGCUCCAAGGCCACGAGAAGGGCGUCAACUGUGUCUCCUAUUUCUCGGGCGGUGACAAGCCGUAUCUCGUCUCGGGCGCCGACGACCGCCUCGUCAAGAUCUGGGACUACCAGAGCAAGGCCUGCGUUCAGACACUUGAGGGCCAUACGCAGAAUGUGUGUGCUGUUGUGUUCCACCCUGAGCUGCCCAUCAUUCUCAGUGGAUCCGAGGACGGCACCGUCCGCGUCUGGCACGCAAACACAUACAACCUGGAGAGCAAGCUCGCAUACAACAUGGAGCGCGUGUGGUCGAUGGCCACGCUGCCCGGCAGCAACAGUGUCGCCAUCGGCUACGACGAGGGCUGCAUCAUGAUCAAGCUUGGGCGGGAGCGUCCUGCGAUGAGCAUGGACAGCAACGGAAAGGUUGUUAUGGCCAGACACAACGACGUCCAGCAGGCAAUCGUCACAAAGGUUGAGGGCGAGCUGGUGGACGGCGAGGCGAUGCAGCUGUCCACAAAAGAUCUCGGCGCAUGCGAAAUCUACCCACAGUCCAUGCAGCACAACCCCAACGGCCGGUUUGUCGUUGUGUGCGGCGACGGGGAGUACAUCAUCCACACUGCCCUCAGCUUCCGCAACAAGGCAUUUGGCCAGGCCCUCGACUUUGUCUGGUCCGCCGACUCGUCAGAAUACGCCGUGCGAGAGUCGUCCACGGCCAUCAAGACCUUCAAGAACUUCAAGGAAAAGCACGCCAUCCGUCCAGACUUUUACGCCGAAGGCAUCUUUGGCGGUGUUCUGCUCGGCGUGAAGGGCGCCGGUACGCUCUCCUUCUUCAACUGGGACUCCCAAGAGCUCGUGCGCCGCAUCGACAUCGCCUGCCAGGAUGUGUUCUGGUCUGACGACGCGGAGUACGUGCUUGUGUCGACUGCUGAGGAGGGCUGCUUUGUGCUCAAGUACAACAGCAGCGCCGUCACUGCCGCUGUCGCCGCCGGUGAACCCAUCCCCGACGACGGCAUCGAGGACGCUUUCGAGGUUGUUGAUGAGCUUGAUGACGAUGUGAAGACGGGCACAUGGGUCGGCAGCUGCUUCAUCUACACCAACCAGGGCAACCGCCUCAACUACUACGUCGGCGGCGAGAUCGUCACCGUCGCCCACCUCGACAGGGCGAUGUAUGUGCUCGGGUACCUUGCGUCGACGGGGCGCGUGUACCUCGGCGACAAGGAGCUGAACAUUGUGUCGUACAACCUGCCGCUCGCUGUGCUGGAGUACCAGACGGCGGUGAUGCAGGGCGACCUCGACACUGCGGAUGAGGUCAUGCCGUCCAUCCCGGCAGACCAGCGCAACCGCGUCGCACACUUUCUCGAGAAGCAGGGGUACAAGCAGCAGGCGCUGGUGGUGUCGAUGGACCCAGACCACCGCUUUGAGCUCGCCCUCAGCCUGCACAAGCUCCUGGUUGCCCGCGACAUUGCACAGGAGCUGGCGUCCCCGCAGAAAUGGAAGCUCCUCGCAGAGGCUGCCAUGAAGAAGAGCAUGUUUGACCUUGCGGAGGAGUGCCUUGCGCACGCCAACGACUUUAGCGGGCAGCUGCUGCUGUACACUGCGUCUGGCAAAGCGGACAAGAUGGCCACCCUCGCCGACGAUGCCGCGCGCGCCGGCCGCAACAACAUUGCCUUUGUGUCGCUGUUCCUGCAGGGCCGCCUGAAGGAGUGCGUUGACCUGCUUGUCGAGAGCGACCGCGUGUCGGAGGCGGCGCUGUUUGCCCGCUCGUAUCUCCCCAGCAUGGUCCCAGAGGUCGUCGCAAAGUGGAAGGCCUCUCUUGAGGAGAAGCGGCCCAAGCUUGCGCAGUCGCUGGCGGACCCGACUGAGUACGCCAACCUCUUCCCCGACUUCGAGGACACGCUUGCUCUCGAGGAGAAGCUCAAGGCGAUGAAUGUGCACAACCAGCCGGCCAAGUCUGCUGCUGCACACCUUGCCGCGCGUGCUUCUGCUCCGCUCAAGGAGCGUCUCGCUUCCACACAGCCAUCCGCCACAGGGUCAACCUCUGAGCCGCCAGCCGACAAGACCACGGCGGCGCCACCCGCGACCGUGGUGGCUGACGAGGGCGAGCCGGAUGAGGCAUCAGAGCCCGAGAUGGGCGAGGAGGACGAACAACAAGAGCAAGAGGAGCAAGAGGAGCAGAAAGAGGAGCAAGAAGAGGAGGAGAUGACGGCGCCCGAGGUUACACAGGAGGCAGCAGCGCCGGCGGUGGAGGAGAAACAGGCAGCGGAGGAGGAAGAGAGCAAACCGCCCGCCACAGCCGCAAAUGAUGAUGAUGACGAUGACGACUUUGAUCUUGACGACGACGAUCUUGAUCUUGGUGAUGUCGACCCAAGCCUCGCAGACGACCUGAUACAUACAUACUUUGCAGACCACGCACAACUUCCUUCAGACAGCACGAUGGACGCCAAGGCCGCAGCAGAGACCACCAAGCAGCUCCUGCAGGACCCUUUCACAAGGCAACUUGUUAUCUCUGUGGGCAUGUUUGUUGGCUUCAUCUAUGUGAUCCGCAACCAUCCCGAUGAGCUGAAGAUCUAA